AUGGCCAUGACAACCAGUGAGCUGCAGGCGGAGAUCGAGGCCACCAAGCUCAGGCUGCAGGCAGCAAGGACACGGUCUCAGGAAAUUGAUGACGAGAUUGAUCGCGCGACGGAGCGGCAGCGGCUGCGCCGGGAGCUGGAAGAGCUCAAGGCGGAGCUACUCGAACAAGAGGAUCUGAACGGUUCGGACGAAGCAUACAAAGGAGACAUCGAUGCGGACGAAUCUGGACAGUUUGUUUGUUCUUCAGAAGCUUGCAGCCGCCAGCCGGUCCAAGGUCAGCGCAAGAACGGUGCCGUGCGUGCAACCGGUGAUGCCUGCACGAACUUUGGCCACCAAAUCUUGGAAGGCGAGUUCACAUGGAAGCUUCUUCCGAUGUCCUGGCUUCGAACAGCGCUUUGCCAUGAACGGUAUCCUGUUGCGAAUUCCACCGUCUUUUUUGUGGGCGGGUUCGCAUUCUGCUUUGUCUACAGUCCAUCUGCAGGCCCCAUCAUCACAACGACCGCCGAUAGCAAGAGACGCUGUGGUUCCCUUGCCAUACGCGCAUAUGACUGUGUAGAGCCCAUCGCACUGCGCUACAGCAUUUACGUCAAGAGGAGCACAGGUGACUUCGUCCAGUGGGGUGCUACACAGGAUGAGAUCCACCCGGCACAUGAACUCAGAGCCUAUGGCCCAGAUGUGCAUCCGGAGGGAUCUCCCCCACAGGCGAUCGGAAUCUUUGGCCUGACUCAUGAACAGCUUCUGCAAUCAGAGUGGGUGCAGGACGACACUUUGACCUUGAAGCUGGUUUUGGAAGUCCGUCUUUUGGGAGUUCAAGUCACGUCCCAGCGCUCUGAGAGAGAGGCGGUGGACGUUCCCAAGCCGACCCUGCAUCGUGACGUGGAAGCUCUCUUUGAGGACGCGACUUCGGGCGAUGUGCAGUUCAGAGUCCAGGAUGAAGUGAUCCACGCGCACUCGCAGGUUCUCUGCGCCAGGUCGGAGGUGCUCAAGAAGCAACUGAACUCAGGCAUGCAGGAGUCCACUUCGAAGGUGAUCAUGGUUGAAGACUGCGCUGCGGAUACGUUCAGGGCCUUCUUGAGGUUUCUCUACACGGACGACCUUCCCACUCUCGAGGAUCUAGCGAAGCUAUCCAGCCAAGCUGUGAAGAAAGAAGGCAGUCAGCCUCUGUCACAGAUGGAGGCAUUGUGGGCGGUCAGUCACAAGUACCAGGUACAGCGGCUCCAGCGGUGGUGCGAAGCGCAGCUUUGCAACCAGCUCAGCGCCGAGCAGGUUUGCUGCAUCCUUCGCCAGGCGCAUGUCUUCGAGGCCACGCAGCUCGAGAAGGCGUGUCUCUCCUACAUCAAAGAUAACUCUGGGCAGGUGCUCAAGCUUCAGGCCUACAGUGAUCUCAUCAGCAAAUGGCCUGAAGUUGCGUUGAAGAUUCACCUCUUCACGGCCGGUGUGCCAGAAGCCGAGGCAGCUGCAAUCGUGCAGACCCGCAAGGUUCGAAGGUUGAAUGAGGGUGCGGAGAGAACUUCAUAG